GCCGGCCCGGGGGGGCGGGCGGGGACAGAGCCCCGUUGCCGGCCCCGCUCCGCGCCCCCCGCCCCGGCUCCAUCUUGUGCGCGGCCGCCGCGGAGCGGCUCCAGGGAUCCAUCUGUGGCUGACACCACGUCCUGGCCAGGCAUUUUGGGGUGCGGGGUGUGGGGAAGAGCACCUGCGGGGUUCCCGACCCCUCCCCAGGCCCCCAUCACUGCAGAUCCCGCCGUGCUGAGAUGGCGCCGGACGCCUGAGCCCCCCCAACCCCGCAGUGGGGACCAGCCAUGGAGACAGUCGUCAUCGUGGCCAUCGGGGUGCUGGCCACCAUCUUCCUGGCGUCCUUCGUGGCGCUGGUGGUGGUCUGCCGGCAGCGGUACUGCCACCCCAAAGACCUCCGGCACCACUACGACACCAAACCCAUCGUGGACCUGAUGGGGACCACCGAGACACCCUCGGAGCCCUCGGAGCUGGAGCUGGAUGACGUGGUCAUCACCAACCCGCACAUCGAGGCCAUCCUGGAGAACGAGGACUGGGUCGAGGACGCCUCGGGUCUGGUGUCCCACUGCAUCGCCAUCCUGAAGAUCUGCCACACGCUGACAGAGAAGCUGGUGGCCAUGACGAUGGGCUCGGGCGCCCGCGUGAAGUCACCCGCCAGCCUGGGUGACAUCAUCGUGGUGGCCAAACGCAUCAGCCCCAGGGUGGAUGACGUGGUGAGAUCCAUGUACCCGCCGCUGGACCCCAAACUGCUGGAUGCGAGGGCGGCGGCGCUGCUGCUCUCCGUCAGCCACCUGGUGCUGGUGACCCGCAGUGCCUGCCGCCAGCCCGCCGCCCGCCACUGGGUCGAGCGGUCGCUGGCAGCCGCCGAGGAGCACAUGGCGGUGCUGCGCCAGGCCGCCAUGGCCACCGAGACCGACCGGCCACCGGCCACCGAGGCCUUCCGACAGGAGCAGUCGGCCAUCUGAGACCCCCCCCCCGCACCCCACGUUGGCAAUAAACCCUUGGGAUGUCGUGUGUGUCCUGGCCCCCAUCGUGGGGGUCCCUGGGUCUA